AUCUUAGCAUCGAGAGGUCAUAGGAAGAGUCAUUAUUUUUUAUCGAAAGUGUUAAGUGCUAGAGCAAUGUCAUUAACAAAAAUAUUUAUUUAUUUUGUAUUUUUCACUUACUGUCUUAUAAGUGUCAGUUGUGACUCGGAUUUGCAAUGUUAUGUAUGCACUGACUGUGAGUUUAAUUAUGAGGGUACGGCAAUGACUUGUGAAGACAUUCUACUAACAACUGUUACACCUGACGAAUCAACAACGAACAUAGAAGAAACAUACACUACCGACAAGGGAAAUAACGAUGAGACUACACAGCCAACAAAGACCACGGAUCUUUCUACGACCGAAGAAACAGCACGAACUGAAAUACCAGAAACCACAACUCAUGUCACAGCAUUAACAACUGAAAAUGCUGCAAACCUUAAGCCGAAGACCACAAACCCUCCCUUUAAGAUAACGACAAAAUUCUCUCCGCCAAUAGAAACCUCAAGUAUCUUAAUAUCUACUGAAACAACCAGUAAUGAAUAUAUCAAUACAGAAUCUACAUUAAUACCUACAAUAACUGAAAUCACGCCAGUUACUUCUACAACGAUAGCUUCCCCAACUAUCUCAACACUUUCGAUAGAAGCUUUGGAUACGACUACCAUAGGUAUCAAUACCAAAACUACACAAACAGAAGAUCUAGAAACUACUGUAACACCUGUCAUUACUAGCACUCUUUCAGAGGCUGAAAUUAUUAUUUCAACUACAGACCCCAGUGUGACUACAUCGAAAAUGACUAUAUUAGAUAGCAAUACCAAAGCUACACAAACAGAAGUUGUUGAAACUACUGUCACACCUGUAAUUACUAGCACUCUUUCAGAGGCUGAAAUUAUUAUUUCAACUACAGACCCCAGUGUGACUACAUCGAAAAUGACUAUAUUAGAUAGCAAUACCAAAGCUACACAAACAGAAGGUGUUGAAACUACUGUCACACCUGUAAUUACUAGCACUCUUUCAGAGGCUGAAAUUAUUAUUUCAACUACAGACCCCAUUGUGACUACAUCGAAAACGACUACAUUAGGUAGCAAUACCAGAACUACACAAACAGAAGUUCCAGAAACUACUGUAACACCUGUAAUUACUAGCACCCUUUCAGAAGCUGAAAUUAUUAUUUCAAGUACAGAACCCAGCGUGACUACAUCGAAAACGACUACAUUAGGUACCAAUACCAAAACUACACAAACAGAAGUAGUAACCGUAGUAAACAGUAGUAUUACGCCUGUUAUAACUAACACUGCUUCAGAAAGUAUUAUUUCCACUACAAAACCCACUGUGACUACUUCUGGAGGAAGUAAUUCUGUAACAAAAGUUGACAACUUUAUCGAUGGUCCUAUAAACAUUGACGAUAUAGAUAAACAAAGCAAUACAGAAACAUCCACGGAGACUUCAAACAUUAUCCCUUCCACUUCCAGUACUGUAACUUUGGGUUCUACUACAGACACAUCUAUGACUACCUCUGAGGGCUUACCUUUAACGACAGACGUUUUGAGUACUACUGACAUGGGUACAGAAGGAUCGUUCGAAACUGAAGAACCAGUAACUUCUAUAUUACCAAUUACCACCGAACCCUCCAAAACCGCUGCAGAAUCUUCUACGAAUAGUGAUUUAGGAUCUACAAUAGUUACGAAUUUAUUGGAUAACGAACCAAAUGUUAUGAUGAUCGAUGAUACUAAGAAGUAUGGUUCGAGAUACAGGUUUAUAAGGGCAGCUCGAGCGAAGCAAGAUACGGGACCUAAACCCCGCUGUAUUGUUACUGCUUAUCAAGAACAAAAUAAAACAAUAGUGGUGCGUGGCUGUUCAUUUGGAAAAGAAGGAGAUAAUUGCAAUUCGGUGUUAGAUGGAAGAGUUAAGAUUAAUAAUAGCAAAUGUUUUGUCUGUAACACUAAUCUUUGUAAUUCAGCAUCAACUUCUAUCGUCUCUGCUUUAAUUCUUAUAGCAAUGGUUUUGAUUGUUGUCUAACUUUCCCGCAAGCGAUUAUAACAUUAGCCGCCAUGAAGGUUGAGCUCUGAACAAAGGCACAUACGUUUUUUUAGGAGUUGGAUUAACGUGUAUUAUUGUACUUGUAUUUCUUGCAUAAAGGUUAUUCUGCGGAUAUUUUACAGCCCUUAACACUCAUGGCGUCACUAACUUUAAAAUAACAGUAUUAUAUUAAUAACACGAAAGAUUUGAUACCUUCUUAGUUUAUAAAUGUAAAUAAAGUUAUUUAUUAUACCAACUAUC